AUGUACUUGAUUAUAGUAGACGUUUACUGCAUAUGGCCUGAGAUAGUAAAGAUGAAAACUACAAUAGCCGAAGAGAGAGUCACACAACUACGAACAGUGAUAGCCCGUAUGGGGAUCUUACACCAGAUUGUGUCGGACAACGGGCCACAUUUUACCUCCAAAGUUUUCAGGAGAUUUACGAGGGCAAACGGAAUCAAACAUGUGACUGGAGCACCGUAUCACCCUUCAAUGAAAGGGAUAGCGGAACGCUUGGUGCGGAGCUUCAAACGUCCUGUAAAGGCCGACCACACCGAGAUCACAGCACAGCACAGCACAAACUAG